AUGGCAUUAAGGGACUUGGCAUGGCACACCUAUAUACCCGCCCCGAACGACCAUACCUGGGAUGUCUACAGAAUCCAUAGGAACCACUUUGUCAAACUCGUCCGGGAGGAUAAACUGAAGAACCAACAAAGUCUAGUGGAAAAGUUUUCCUCCAAUCCUAAACUGCUAUACAGACACGUAAACAAUUUGCGCCGUGUUAAGCGAAGUAUUCGCACUCAGCACACAGCAUGCGGGUUAGCCCAAACCGCACAAGAGGCGGCCAACGUCCUUGGACAACAAUUUGGCCGUACCUUUCAUACCGCGCAAUCAUCAUACAUCCUGCCUAAGCAGAUAACGCCGUCAUCAGGGCUUAAUCACACAUCGCUCACCUCCGCAGCUGUACUGAAGAGGCUGAUGUCUCCGCGCGAGUUCAACUCCCCGGGUGCGGACGACAUUCACCCGAAGGCGUUGAAAGUUGUUGCCAUGAGUUUAGCAGAACCAUUAGCAAUUUUCUUUCAACGAUGUCUGAACGAGAUGCACGUCCCCACGAUGUGGAAGCACGGAAUCAUCAAGCCUAUCUACAAAAGUGGUAGCCAUGCUGAACCAGAAAAUUAUCGCCCGAUAACACUACUUCCUGUGAUCUCCAAGGUUAUGGAGUCCAUCGUAGCCGAGGCUUUGAUGGGGUACUUGGAGAACAACAAAAUUCUCGUUCUGGAACAGCAUGGAUUUCACCAAAAUCGCUCCUGUACCACUAAUCUCUUGAUUGCUCGUGCAAAUUGGACGGAAUCUGUGGACGCUGGUGCAGGAGUCGACGCUGCCUACUUGGACUUCUCAAAGGCAUUCGACCGUAUAGACCAUCACAUUCUCCUCCACAAACUCCAGAAAUAUGGAAUCGGCGAUCCUGUUCUGGUCUGGAUAGGAGACUUUCUCCUGCAACGUCAACUGAAUGUAAGGGUCCGAAGCAACCUAUCAGAAUCCAUCGAAGUUCAGUGCGGCGUACCUCAGGGCUCGGUACUUGGACCCCGCCUGUUCCUGGUUUUCAUAAAUGAUUUCGCGGGCGUGCUAUCUUCUAACUGCUUUCUAUUUGUUGAUGAUCUAAAAGUAUGA